CCUCUUCAUUGUUUCUGAACCGAUGAAACCUGAAGAGUAUUGAAAAUAACCAAAACUUCAAAUGGUCAUCACGGAAAGGACGCCGUUAACUCGGCCCACAGACUCGCCUAGCUAUGCCGAAUUCUCCAACAUUCUACGAACAAGAACUUCUAGAGUUCGGAAUUUCCAGUGCUGCGUCUGUGCCAUGUUACUGGCUUUGUGCAUGAUGGCACUAGUAGUAACUGUCAGCUAUUCAGUGAAUCACACCACCGAGGACAGGAACAUUACAUCCUCAACCUUGGAUUCAGUUAACUUAUUACAAGCUACGUGGAAUGUCGCGGGGGUAAAGCUUGAAGAUACCAAUAUAACAGCAUUAACUGACAGUGAGUGGCAAAGUGGAAUUUCAGCGGGUCACGAAGCGAUCAAAGAGCGUGUGACAGCCGAUGCCGGAGCAACACCUUUGAUUAAUCCAUCGCCAAAUUUCAGACAUCAAUUUGCUGUCAGUACCAGUGUAUUUGCUGGCCAACUUGCUCUAGCUGGUCUUGCUGAAAUAGCUGCAACACGAGUCAUUGAGAGAGGCCGCCUUUUGCUUGGAGAAAAGUCAUCGAUCGGAGCAUAUUUCGAUAGUGGUUGGGCAUCGGAUGGGGGGUGCAAGGAAUUUCGAAAUUUCACCUGCCUGAAAAGCAAGUAUCGGACCUUUGAUGGGAUCUGCAACCACAAACGACAAUGGGGUUCUGCUUUCUCGCCGUUCAAAAGGUCUUUACCACCGGACUAUGGUGACGGGCUUAGUUCACCCAGGGAAGGAAAAUCGGGCAAGAGCUUACCAUCCAGUCGUGAAGUCAGUCUCCGUGUUCAUUCACCAUCUCCAAGUUCGAAUCCAUCGUUUACUGUUAUGCUAGCUGUAUUUGGGCAAUUCUUUGAUCACGAUAUUACGGCAACUGCUAUAAGUCAAGGAACUAACGGCAGUUCCAUAGCAUGCUGUCCUCCUGCCACUGGCCAUCCAGAGUGCUUUCCUGUCCGCGUCGGCCCAGGUGAUCCGGUCUAUGAUGCCACUAAAAGUACCUGCAUGGAGUUUGUCAGAUCAGCUCCAGCUCCUCAAUGCAGAAUUGGCCCACGCCAACAGCUUAAUCAGGUGAGCGCAUUCAUUGAUGCUUCUGUGGUAUAUGGGUCAACUGAACCCAGCGCUCGAGAUCUUCGGGAAGGCAUGGGUGGUCGUUUGAAAAUGCAGAUAACACCGGAUAACAGAACCCUUCUACCACCAAGUGAAAAUCUCAAUGAUGGAUGUAAUAGGAUCCUCGAAAAUUUGCGUGGACGAUACUGUUUUGCAUCAGGCGAUGCCAGAGCGAACGAGAAUCUUCAUCUAACAACGAUGCAUUUGCUAUGGGCACGUCAACAUAAUCGAAUUGCAGAUACUUUAGCUGAAAUAAAUCCUCAUUGGAACGAUGAAAGACUUUAUCAAGAAGCAAGGCGCAUUGUUGGGGCUCAGCUACAGCACAUUGCAUACAAUGAAUUUCUACCUAUCGUGCUUGGUGAAGCCGUGAUCGCUGAGAGCGGAUUGAAACUUCGCAAUAAUAGUUAUUGGAAGGGUUAUGAUUCAAAGGUAAAUCCUGCAAUAGCGAAUGAAUUUGCGGCGGCAGCAUUUAGGUUUGCUCAUACACUGCUUCCGGGACUUAUGAAAAUAACCGAUGCGGCAAAGGGAACUUCUUCGUAUACAGAGCUUCACAAAAUGCUGUUCAACCCUUACAGCUUGUACGCAUCAAGUGGUGUUGAAGAUGCAAUCAGUUCAGCCACUGCAAAUUUCAUACAAAAAACCUCGACACACGUCACUUCACAACUGACCAGAUAUAUGUUCGAAGACCCUGUAGCCAAUAAUUCCAUUCCAUGUGGUUUGGAUUUGGUGUCUCUAAACAUACAGCGAGGUAGAGACCAUGGUUUACAAGGGUAUCCGGCUUGGAGGGAACGUUGUGGACUUAGUCGUCCAGCCAAAUUUUCGGACUUGAAGAAUGACCUUGACGCCGAUGCAUUAGAAGAAAUAUCAAGGUUAUACGCAUCCGUGGAUGACAUCGAUUUAUACAGCGGAGCAUUAGCCGAACUACCGAAGGCUGAUGGACUUUUAGGACCAACAUUUACAUGUCUUAUAGCUGAUCAGUUUAUUCGGUUGCGACAAGGCGAUCGCUACUGGUACGAAACUGACGAGGCGCCUCAAGCUUUCACGAAAGAUCAAUUGCAAGAGAUACGGAAGACUUCACUUGCUAAGUUGAUUUGCGAGUGCUCGGAUGGAAUUGUGGAAAUUCAACCGAACGUGAUGCGUGCACGAGGACCUAAUAAUCCAGCAAUGUCUUGUAUCAACAUUCUGGGCCCGUCCUUGGACAAGUGGAAAGAAUAAUGCGCACUGCUGUAAAUGUCACAAGCGAAUUGUCUAAGCGGCAAUCAUAAUUACAUCACAAGUAAAUUUGCGAGUGUUGACAUUAUAUUUAUG